AUGCAGGACAUCACCAGCUGGCUUACCCAGCAAUGCGACGAGCUCCCGUACGGCGAACUCGCAAAGCCGUCCUCUUUCUCUAUGAUGGACGCGAUGAAGGGUCUUCAGAUGAUGGACUCUAAGAUGGACACUGGAACAAGAGACAAGCUCCAAUCAACACAGUUGUUUGAUCCCAACGCCAAUAUCUCAGCCGAGGACUUGUGCUUUAUCAUGGACCGUAUGCUCGCUCUAGAGGUAUCGUGGUAUCGAGGGAGCAACCUCUGCCAGUCCGUCUACUCGUGUCUUUACUUCCACAACCUCUAUAUGAUAGAGGCACCGUCAGACCCUCUGGCGACAGGAAAUCUCCUGACCCAGCUUGUGCUACGAGCCUACAUCCUUCUCUUUUGCAAGAGUAUUGAUUUUGCAUACACCGAGUUUGCAAAGGGCAACGUGUACGAAGGGGAGGAUUGCUGGUUGGACCACUAUGGAGUUCCAUUGAGGGUCAGCGAAGACACAGACACAGUUGUGGCUGUUGCGGAUGACGCUUUGGGCUGGCUGGAGAGUGAAGAAUGCCAACUGCCCGUCUUCUUGAAAAACCAGUUAGUCUACCGCCUGGUCUUCAGAAGAAACUUUCUACAAUACAUUGAUGCCUCGACAUUAUCGGCCUCGCCCACAAGACAAAUAUUGCUAGUUAUGAAGCUGGCGGCGGAAGAGAUCAAGCCAUGUGAAUCUCUCUCAGACACAGCUGGGUCGGCUUUCGACAAAUACAUGUCUUCGUAUCUUCGCCAGAGCAUGCCUCUUCCUGAUUUUCGCCAACUUGAUUUUGAUCAAUCCUGGGGCGAAAUGAAAAGCAUGGUCAGAGACCUCCUGAGGGUAGAAACACUUUUGGCAAGUGGAGGCUGGGAUCAAUGGAGCACACGGUUCACCAUGCUUUGCGAUGAACGGGCUGAUAGUGGCGUCUACAAGAGCGACAUCCUGGCUACCGAAGGUCUUGUACAAGAAAGUGCCAACACGAACCUAGUGCAAGUCGUCCUGGAGUCUGUGACUCAUAACACAUCUUUCUCUUCGCAGGCGCAAUCGCUGAAAGUCUGGAAGGUUCUUUUGCUGAAAGAUGUUCUGACUACACUUGCAAUCGCAUCGCAAAAUGGACCUCGACAGCGCCGGUCUUUGAUCGACCUUUCUCACCAACUACGCGAACGCGCUACCAUGGCCGAGUACCAAGCCAUCCCGCACAUCAGUCAGACUAUACAUCUGCUGAGACUGGACUGCAUGCUUGAUGCUGCUUUGGGUGCACUGGACUUGGAGCUGGUGCACCCUGCCGAUGAAAGAGAAGCAUGGUGGUGGAUAAGGACUGUGGCGAAGGCUCGUAUAAGAGGGGGUACUGAAAGCUCUACCAUUCGGGCGCGAUGGGCUGAAGCAUGGGAGAGUAUUGGGGCUGGUAUGGAGAUUCUCUUGACUGCCAUCCCUCCCUCGUCCUUGCCAAUCUCGAACUCGACACAGAAAGUUCGUUUCGCCCUCAAAUACAAACACUACUCCAAGGCAAUAUACAUGCCUGACGGAACCAAACGAUCCAUCGGUGUUGUUCCGACGUAUGAGGACUGGAUCAGAUCACAAGACGAGAUGGACAACAAUCCAGUAUGUGCAUAUGUCAUCUAG